CAUAAACGUCCCUGAGAGUAGUGACCGUCAAAGUCAGCAGAGACCGGCCAGCUCUCAGCCUCCUUGGGACACAGCGCAUGAAGGAGAUAGGGGAGGUGGGUGCAUCCCGUAGGGCGCUAGACUGUUGGAGCUGACCUUCCUGGGCCAGAAGAUUCGAGUUUCCGGGGACCUUCUCGCAUAGAAGAAGAGAAAGCCACCUGCUGAGAAUCACGAUGUGGCUCCCCCUGAUGCUCUUCUUGGGAAUGCUGUUGGGAGCCAGCCCUGCACGAGGACUUCUGCCCUGCUCCACAACGGGACCCAUUGCCGUGUACCAUUUCUGCAACCUCACUCGGGUGCCCCUGGUCGCUAACACCACAGUGAGGCUUCUGUUGGCCUUCAACCAUAUCAGGACAGUGAACGCCACCUCUUUCCCUCUGCUGGAGAAGCUGGAGCUGCUGGAGCUUGGGAACCAAACCGCUGCUCUGACCAUCCACAGAGACGCUUUCAGGAACCUGCCCAAUCUCAAAGUCUUGGACUUGGGAUACAAUCCAAAGCUCUUCUUGGAUCCCGACGCUUUCCGGGGACUGUCCAAUCUGCUCGAGCUACGUCUCUUCUACUGCGGCCUCUCGGAGUCCGUGCUCAGGGACGGCCACUUGCGGGACUUACGUUCCUUGAUCCGCUUGGAUCUGUCCGCAAACCGCAUCCAAAGUCUUCCCCUUCAUGCCUCGUUUCAGGAGUUGAGAUCUCUGGAGACCCUGGACCUGUCAAAAAACCAGAUCUCCUCUGUGUGCGAAAGGGAUCUCCAGAGCCUCCGGGGAAAACACUUGUCCCUGUUGAACCUUGCCGACAACCAGCUGUUCAGCUGCAGGCCUGUCGACUGGGGAGCGUGUGGGAACCCAUUCAGGAACAUCUUCCUCGACACCCUGGACGUUUCGGGGAACGGCUGGUCCGCCAACAUCACGCAAGACUUCUGUGCCGCCAUCAACGGGACACGGGUUUCCUCGCUGGUGCUCCGCCACCACGUCAUGGGCUCGGGAUUUGGGUUUGAGAACCUCAAGGAACCCAACAGCGACACUUUCUCAGGGCUCGAGAGAAGUUCGGCGGUUCAACUGGACCUCUCACAUGGCUUUAUCUUCUCUCUCGGCACCCGGCUUUUUUGGGCCCUCAAAAGACUGAAAGUCCUAAGUCUCACCCACAACAAGAUAAACAAGUUUGAAAAAGGGGCAUUUUAUGGCCUCGACACUCUCCAAAUUCUUAACCUGUCAUACAACCUGCUUGGUGAACUUUACAAUUCCAAUUUUGAUGGCCUCCCUAAACUAAAGUAUAUUGAUCUAAAACAAAAUCACAUUGGGGCAAUUCAGGACCAGACCUUCACCCACCUGAAAGAAUUAAGAACCUUAGAUCUCCGUGACAAUGCUAUUAAAGAAAUCCAUUUUCUCCCAAGCAUUGACAGUGCCUUUCUGGCUGGUAACAAACUGGUACAUCUGAAAGGCCGUAUCAUCUCGGCGGAAUUUCUACACUUGGCAGAAAACAGACUGGAAGAUUUGGGAGAUCUGUACUUCCUUCUCCAAAUUCCACAUCUCCGGGUUCUCAUUUUAAAUCAAAAUCGGUUUUCCCAUUGUUAUGGAAAUUACCAUUUUUCACAGAACUCAAGCUUACUGAAACUUUUUCUCGGGGAAAAUAUGUUGCAACUUGUCUGGGAGACAGGGUCGUGCUGGGAUGUGUUUAACGGGCUUUCUCGUCUGCAGGUACUCUACUUAAACAGCAAUAACCUUAAGUUCCUUCCACCGGGAGUCUUUAGAGGCCUGAUAUCACUUCAGAUACUUAACCUGAACUCCAAUAGACUAACAUCACUUUCUCACAGCGAUUUACCUGCAAAUUUGGAGAAACUUGAUUUAUCCAGAAAUCAACUGCUCUCUCCAGAUCCCAAACUAUUCCAUGCAUUGAAAGUCCUGGAUUUAACACACAACAGGUACAUCUGUACAUGUGCGCUGAGAGACUUUAUAGACUGGCUGAGUCAAACAAAUGUCACCUUGUUUAAAUCUGCCCAAGAUAUGUACUGUGCAUACCCCGACUCGUUAUCCGGAGUUUCACUCCAUUCAGUUUCAACCAAGGGCUGCAAUGAAAAAGAAAUCUAGAAAGCACUUCAGUUUUCACUUCCCAGUUUCUUCUCCAAAAUUCUGAUACAGAUUCAACAUCCUAGAGCCGAGAAGGUCUGCGAGAAGUCAUCUAUUCCCUCCUAAUGCCUCCAAUCAGAACAAUUCAGAAUAUAACCCAAACUAAUAUGAUUCUGUAAACAAGGGAUUCUGAUAUCACUUUUUUAAAAAGACGCAACUGUUUGGUCCACCCAGAUUUGGCCUUUCCUCCCUGCAUUCUUGGCAACUCAAAGCAGAUUCUGAAGUGAGUUUGUUUUCCAUCUAUAUUCCCAGGUUCACUAAGCAUUGCCAUUAUUAAUGAUGCACAGUCAGUAAGGCCUGGGAUUAACCACCCAACUUCAAAUCAAUCAGUCAAAGCAAUAAAUUAACUCCAUGGCUACUGUGUGCAGAUCGCCAUACAGGGGAAAAUGAAAACAAAAAGCAGACAUGGCUCCUGACCCGGAGAAGUUUUAAAAAAAAGACCCAAAUUCCUCAAUACCCAAAUAAAUCACACAAGUGAAAGAAGCAUAAAAGCGCAUAUGAAGCCAAACAACAGAAGUCAUGUCAACACACUAUAUGCCUAUCUAAGUGGUGAGUGGAAGGGGAAACUGAAUGGAUCAGAGUGAUUGGAGCCAGGCAAGGCUUUUCUGGGUAGAUUUCAUGGAAUCAGUUUGCGUGGGAAAAGUGAGUUUUGCCAUUUUGAAACAGAGGACAGCUCACUUAUAGUAGGGAAGGAGAUUACAAGGUUGAUAGAGUGUGCGAAGAGUGGCCUGUCAUCUGGUUUUAUACUGUACGGUCUGGUUUGAAGCUGAUCAUUCCCUCUUCUGGUACAAGUACCCCUUUGGGUCUGGCACUUUUAAACAUCUAGAAUGUCCCAUCCCCCCCAGCCCCAACUUUGUUUCUGCUGCCAAGUUCCACAGCUCAGCAGUGUGGCCUAGUAUAAAGAACAUGGGUCUGGGAGUCAGAGGUCCUGGGUUCCAAUCCUGACUAUGCCACAUGCCAGCAUGCUGUAUGAUUCUCUGUACUUCAGUUACCUCAUUUGUAAAACAGAAAUUAAGACUGUAAGGCCCAUGUGGGACAUGGACCGUGCACAAUCCGAUUAGCUUGAAUCUACCACAGUGCUUAGUACAGUGCCUAGCUCGUAACGAAUGCUUAACAGAUACCAUUAAAAAUAAAUAAUAUGAUUGAUUGUGGCACAACCGUCAAGGCCACGGAAGUCCUGAAGCACCACCUACACUGCCCAGUCAAUUGGGUGCCGCAACAUUCUGGCUCAUUUUGCAUUUGGUAACUAGAUCUGUCCUUUGAGUAGCUUCAGACCAAAAGCCGUUUGUGGGCAGGAACUGUCUCUCUUUAUUGUACUUUCCAAGCGCUUAGUACAGUGCUCUGCACACAGUAUGCACUCAAAUACAACUGAAUGAACCACGGCCCACCUAAUAAACUCGGCCCAUUUUACACCCCAAAAUCCACAGAGCUUCAGACCCUCGAAAAUUCCAGAAUCUUUAGUUAAUCCUCUCUACCUACUGAAUGAUUACAACAUAUUUAUUUCCUCUUAAACAUCUGUUUGGUAAUCUGGUAAAAAAAAAAAUCCCGCACCUGGGGUUAAGAAAAACGCAGCAAAAGAAGGGAUUAAAGCAGUGAAACAGACAGUGA